AUGAAUGUCGAAUGUGUUGAAAUUCGGAGUGGGUCGAGCCGAGCGAUGUUCUCCACUUUUAUGUGCACGCGAAAACCACCUCAAUCAUCCUCGGGUGUUCCUGCCCCCUGGAGGAAGACUUAUCCUGCCGAGCCUGCUCGUUCUCAGGCCCGUGCUGCUUUGCUCCUGCUCUGUAGCUCGAAGGAAUACGCCAACGACAGCGGGCUGCUCUCGGCUGCUCUUUCUGUUUCAUCUUCACAGGACCUCUUUCCUUCUCGACGAAAAGAGGCGGCUGCAUGUGCAAGAGGGAAGAAGGUGCAUAGAUACCUGGCCCCGGUUCUUGCUGAAAGAUACAAUCUUGGCUCUUUCCCGUUGACCGCUCAACUGAAGCCCCCAUCAGUGGUCAGCUCUCAGAAACGCCCAGCAUUGCCCCCAGAAGAGAAGAUCCUCCCCCCCAGUGGGCCGGCUAAAUCCGGGUCAUAA